GAGGGGAUACAGCUUCAACUUAGAGAAUGGAAGUGGAGGGGCCAGGGCAAGGGGGGGGAGGCUGGAGGUCACCCCCACCACGCCCCCCAAAAGUCAACUUUUGGACGAUGGAAGACAGAGCCAGACGCUCAAUCGGUCAGUACUAUGAUGAGGGGGUGGUCCAGUUGGUGGAAAAUGUGGGGGAGGUGGUGGAAGACGAGAGGGGCAAAAGGUUCAAAGUAAAUGAAUCCUAUGACGCAAUUAAGGAGAGGUGGCUCAAAGAGCGAACAGUCAUCUUCAUAUUUCAAGAUGAGGCAAGAGAUUUAACAAGGAGUGUGAAGGAGGAUCUGAUAAGAGCACAUGAGGACGGGUGGAUGUCGAGAAGGCUGUCCGACCCAAGUAUCAGAAGAGGCAGAAUAAAGUUUGAAGGACCGAAUGUGAUUUCGUAUGUGGCCAAGGCAAUAGAGGUGUCAACAUGGUUAAUACAGAAAGCAACGAUCAAGCUGGGAUUGAGGGGAAAAGAGUAUUCUGUGCUGGUAAGACCGUGGAUGACCAAGCCGGAGUUGAAAGAACUGAAGCUGAGAGAAGCGGAGACAAAUUUCUGGAUUGUAGCACUGCGGGUCCCGCUGGAUGCAAUGUGUUACCUGCCGUCGGCUGCCAAAGGUCUGUUUGGAGGAGUAAAGUGUAUGCUUCCUCCUGAAGCGGAUAGAACGAAGCCCAAACUGAUGAACAUAAAGUUAGAUAUGGACCCCAUGGCACGAUUUCGGGUGGAAAACUCCCUGACUAUAGAGUCACCGAAAGGCGAAUUGUGGACGGUGGAUAUUGCCACCCCAUACUCAGACCGGUGCAAAAAAUGUAGAUGGUACUUCCACACGGAAGAGGAGUGUCCCAAACAAGGCGAAGCCGGCCCUCGGCGAAGUUGGACGAAUUCCAGACUCCCACCACACCGACCUACGGCAAGCCAGCAGCGGACUCAAGAACCACGUCAGCCUACUCCGGUACCGUCUCAACAGCCAGGGGCCCAACUGCAGCAACAGUCAGAGCACCACAGAAUGCAGAAUAGAGCUCAACCAGGAGCCACCCCACAGCACUCUCUGGGCCAGCGAAUAGGGGGCAAUAAUCCGGGGCUACAAGGAGGCUUCCAGGGUCCAAGUAAUCUGCCAACGGAGGUGCAAGGGGCAACGGGCCGAUCUGCAUUGUUUGACGGACACAGGUAUUUGCAGGUUGCACCAACGUAUCCACCGCCGAGUGGGAGUUCCCUAGUGGCCCCAUUGGCACCUUGGGCCCAACCCCAGAUAUGGGCGAACACCCAAGGGAGGGUUAUGGGUUCCAAUCAAGAGAUGUACCAGCAAUUGGCCACAGGGGGCCAUGCUCAAUAUCAGGGGCAAUGCAAAGUGUCGGGGUGUCAAGGUGCUCACCCACAGACUACAGUCAUCAGAUCGGUGCCAAUGAGAAUGCAGCAGGAGCAAUAUGGGGGAAUGGAAGCAGCACCCACGGAGCUACAGUUCCAAGGCCACCAGAGUGCGACUCCUGCUCAAUCCAGACUUCAAGGUCCCGGUGCUCAAGGCCACAGCUCAGCACAGGGAAGAGAUCCAGCAAAGGAUUGGGGGGGGGGAAGGCACGAGUCCGAUAUCCAUCCUCGCCUUUCCUACUCUCUAACGACCCUUGAUGUCCCCGACAUUCAUCCCCCCCACUGGGAACUGUGGCGCGAAGACUUUAUCGAGCUUUCCCUGUGCUUGGUUGAAGUACGGCUGACGUGGACCGAGGGCGAAGCACACCCGCCUUGCAUAGAGCGACUGGAGUUGUUGUUUAUCCAGGCCUGGCGCACCAACAUGGAGGGAGAGCUCCUCGCGUUCCUAUUCGGUACAGUACGGCCCGGCCAUCAGGGACUUAUCACGCAAGAGCUCACGAUUCCAAUAGCGCAGCUGGCGGACGAUCUCCCUCUUGACAUCAUCUCGCAGGACGACGAGCACCCGAUUCCUCACGUGCUUUCUCGCACGUUGACGCAGUAUCUCCUGUGGUCGGCUUGUGUGGAGGGAGCCGCAGAGCGCAUCCCGCCGUCGCAGCGGCAGUAUUUGGAUCCCCGGACGGUUUGCGAUCCUACCUUCUUCAGGCAUCCAACCGCAGAGCAGCUUGCUGCCAUUCGAGAAGAAGAGAAGGAGGAAGAAAGCACGGAGAGUGACGAAGGAGAAGACGAGCAGGGAGAAAGUGGGGAAAGCGACAAAGUACUCGGGGAAGAGGACGAAACCCCCGAAGAAGGAAGCUAUAGCGAGCAUAGCGAGGGGGAGCAGAGCGAAGAAGAGGACGAGGAAGGAGAAGAAGAGCACGACGAAGAGCCUGCUGAAUCAGAGUGGGAAGCCGUGCCGGAAGAAGCGCUGCGCACAGGUACCGAGGCAGAGGAUCCCGAGGCGGCCCGUAAAAGAGAAGAGAUCGCGGUCGGGAAGACGGAGUUAGAACUCGCAAGCGCGGCGAGUCUGCAGAUCUGCGACGACCCGAACCGAGAUCCGGCGCCGCCCUGACCUGAAGAUGGCGACUUCGCGGCCACGACUCCGGCCCCAUCGGCACGG